GUGGCGGGGGAGCAGCGCAUGUAGGAAUAAGGAGGCUGGCUGUGUGAGGGCAUGGGGGGCACAGGCGACCUUUAAUGAGGGCAUUACAUACAGACGCUUUAUAGGCUGGCGGAUUAAUAUACCUGCACAGCGAAUUAUCGGUAAUUAAGAGGUGGAGGGGCGCUAACCGGUGCGGAGCUUGCUGGCAGGCCUAGGUCCAGGCACUGCCCUGCUGUCUGCGCUGAGGACUGCGGUCUUUCAUUGCGAUAUUCACUAAGCGGUUAAAUUCUAUUUAUAGGGAUUUAUUUUGCAUAAUUGGGGUAAAGAAAAGACAAACCCAGUAAGGGGCAGGGAGGUUAUUAUAGAGGGUGUGAGGGCAGGAAGGGCACAGCUCAUAUAAACCCUGCUUUCUAAUUUGCGAGAAGAGUAGGGGAGAAGCCCAUCAGCACCCGUGGACCCUGCGCCGGUGCUUCCCCCCUUUUCCUCCUGUUUGCAGGGAAGAAGAAUGAGAGAGAAUGAGCCAGAGAGACACCUUGGUGCAUCUGUUUGCAGGAGGGUGUGGGGGCACUGUUGGUGCCAUACUAACAUGUCCUCUGGAAGUUGUGAAGACAAGGUUACAAUCCUCUUCAGUGACUUUCUAUAUCUCUGAUGUGCAACUAAAUACUGUGAAUGGCGCCAGUGUCAACAGGGUGGCAAGAGUAUCUCCUGGACCACUGCUUUGUCUAAAGAUGAUCUUGCAGAAGGAAGGUAUGCGUUCCCUGUUCAGAGGCCUGGGCCCUAAUCUAGUGGGUGUGGCCCCUUCCAGGGCCAUUUACUUUGCAGCAUAUUCCAGUUGUAAAGAGAGGCUGAACCACGUGUUUACAGCAGAUUCCACGCAGGUACAUAUGGUCUCUGCAGGUGCAGCAGGCUUCACUGCAAUUACAGCCACCAAUCCAAUCUGGUUAAUUAAGACUCGGCUACAACUGGAUGCAAGAAACCGAGGAGAAAGAAGAAUGAGCGCUUUUGAGUGCGUCCAAAGAGUAUACAGGGCUGAUGGCUUGAAGGGGUUUUACCGAGGCAUGUCUGCCUCUUAUGCCGGCAUCUCUGAAACUGUUAUCCACUUUGUUAUUUACGAAAGUAUUAAACGCAAACUGCUGGAACAUAAGACUGCUUCUUCAGCGAUUGAUGACGAGGAUGAAUCUGUAAAGGAGGCUUCAGACUUUGUUGGACUAAUGCUGGCAGCAGCAACUUCCAAAACGUGCGCCACGUCCAUAGCCUAUCCACAUGAGGUUGUGCGAACGAGGCUACGUGAAGAAGGAACAAAAUACCGGUCCUUCGUCCAGACACUGUCGCUGCUUGUAAAGGAAGAAGGCUAUGGAGCCCUUUACCGCGGCCUCACAACUCACCUGGUCAGACAAAUCCCUAACACGGCCAUAAUGAUGUGCACAUAUGAGGUGGUGGUUUAUUUUCUAAAUGGAUAAAGGCAUUGCAUUUUCUCAUCCAUGAAGAAGAUGGGAGACCAAAAGCAUUGAAAGUGGACCAGGAAGCACCAACACCAAAUAUGAAGACUGCACGCAAAGACACAGAGAGAAGCCAUCAUGCAGUGCAGCAGUAGCUGCAGAUGAUAUGGAAGGCAUCAGGCAAACGCGUUCCUGGUGCUUUAAUUUGUGUGCGGUGUCUGUCCACAGGCGGGAUGCAACAGAUAGUGCCGGAUCAGGGAAUGCUAUUAAACACCAGUUAAUUCGGAA